GGCUGCAUCACUGAAGGACUAUGCCUGAAUAACAUCUGGUUUAAAAUAAGAUAGUGGAUUGGAACAUCGAAGGACGGAGUUUACUUCAUGGAGAGCUGAUACUAACAUGUGGUGGUUUCCCUUAAUUAUGUUUACAUCUCCGACGUUUCCAUUCAUCUUAUUUGUAUGUAUCGGGUUAUCUGAGGCGGCACCACGCAUAAUUUCCAACGAUGCGUUCUCUAUCACACGAAAUAAUCGUGAAGUCUCCGACACCGUUUUGGGGCGACUGAACCUUAGCGAUCGGAACUAUCUAUCUGAUGCGAAUUCAGGACGUUUUAGAUUUUCUGGGCUCACCCCAGCCCCUACCAUAUUAUCUACUGAUUCAUCGUCGUCACAUGUCGCCAGGACAACAGUUACUACCGUUGAGCCCCCAACCACAGACCCCACCACCCCAUCAGUCUCAGUUACCUCGACGGUAGCUGAUCUACCUGCCGUCUUUGACCGACAAAUAUCUGACCGGAGAUCAGCUGACUCGGUGCCCUCUCUUGCACCACAGUCAAAAACACUGCAGAAGUCGCAGGAAAACAGUGACAGGUCUCCACUUCUACCUGCAUCGGAAAUUUCUCAAGAGCUGGUGUGUAACUGCAGCGGUGAGGGUGUGCAGGACCCCGAGGACUGUGACCCCUCCUCGGGCCAGUGCCUGUGCCUGCCGGGCUACGCCGGGCUGCAGUGCGAGGACUGCGAGGAGGCCCACUUCACCAACGGCACCAGCGGCUGCCUGCCCUGCGGCUGUGACUCGUUCGGCGCCGUCAACGAGUUCUGUGACAGCUCUGGGACGUGUGUGUGUAAGACCGGCGUGUACGGGCCCAAGUGUGACGACUGCCACCCCGGCUUCUUCCACUUCAGCAGCUCGGGAUGCCAGCCGUGCGAGUGCAACAACCACACCGUGCACUGCCACCCGCAGUCAGGUGGCUGUCUGGACUGCCAGGGGAACACCCAGGGCCAGAACUGUGAGGAAUGUGUGCCUGGCUUCUACCGGCGUCCCGGGGAGGGGCUGAGGCACGCCUGCUAUCCCUGCCCCUGCUCCAACCUCACCUCUUCUGGAACCUGCCAUGUCGACUCUGCUGGGCAGACGGUGUGCGACAAGUGUAAGGCCGGAUUUGGCGGCAGCACCUGUGACGUCUGCCGCGAUGGCUACUACCGCUCGGGAGGGGUUUGCGUUCGCUGCGAGUGCAACGGAAAUGCUGAUGCCCGCUCCGCGCCACGCCUUUGCCACCCUGACACUGGACACUGCCUGAGCUGUGCCAACAACACAGCUGGGCAGCACUGCGAACUCUGUGCCCCCGGCUACGAUGGCAAUGCCCGCACACACAACUGCACUCUCAGGGCUCGAGUUCUUCUUGGCCCAGAGUUGACAACCAAACCCAACCCCCCAAUUCCUGCUGCCGCCUCCAGCCCCCCACAGCCCAGCUCCAGCAAGGACCCAGCCCUGCCUCCUGCCUCCUCCACCACCACCACCACCACCAGAACCAGAACCACCACCAUGGCCCAGGCCCUGCUCCCCAGCCCGGUGGCCCCGACCCGCAACUCCACAGCGGCCGCGCUCACCGUGGUCUCCUGGACGCAGUUCAACGUGGUGGUGCUGGCGGUCAUCAUCGCCGUGGUGGUGCUGCUCAUGGGCUUCGUGGCCGGCGUCUACACGUACCGCGAGUACCGCAACCGCAAGCUCAACGCGCCCUUCUGGACCAUCGAGCUCAAGGAGGACAACAUCAGUUUCAGCAGUUACCAUGACAGCAUCCCCAACGCUGACCCGGCGGGCCUCCUGGAGGAGGACCCAUGUCCAGUCGCGCCCAACGGCCAGCUUGCGCUCACCACCACCACCACCACCACACCCAACAUGUACACAAAGGCAUGAGGCUGCAACAAGCCGGAGAUGGGCUGUACAGAAACCACCACUUCAACCUCCUCAUCAUUGAGAGAGAGAGAAAAAAAGAAAUGAGAACCCGAUGAAGAGACAAGAACUCAACUGAUGGUCAAUCAGCCUUGACGCUGAGAAAGGCUUUUGCUCAAAGCUAAUGCUAGUUCUUCACAAGUGCUUCCAUCUUUCGCGUGUACAUGAGUGUGGGGACUGGGGACGAGAGACUUGGGAAGGGGCUUGCACCUGAUUGGCCAUUAAGUGUACAUGUACACAGCCCAAGAUGUAAAGGGAAUGCUGGUGCUCAAGUGAGUUCCUCACUGUAAUCACGUGCAUAAGUAAUAUCUGCCCUGUCUGAGUCAAUGUAGGAAAUAAGGAUUUAGAUUGAAAGAAGAUUGCUGGUCAAGGAUCCAGAACAUUUCCCCAAAAAAAUAAAUAUAGACUGAACUGAAGUGCUCUCUACUUCAGUUGAUGAAACAUUUGCCUUCUCCUGAUGCAAGUGAUGUUUGAUGACAAUGCAGUGGAUUUUUUGGAAAAGAAACCACUCCUGUCUGUGUGACAAAGCAUAGUUCAUGUAGAGGUUGGGACUCACGAGAAUCAUGAUUCAUCAUUGACUCAUCCGGUCCUUCCUAUGUCAUCAGAACAUCCAGGAAUAACUGAAAAGCUUCACCAACGUUGGUGAAAUCAAGAAGCAGCUUCUGCUUUGAAACUUCUAUUUAUCAGGGGUCAGACCUUGUUUCCCAGAUAUUUCUAAAUG